UCGAUCCCAACACACAUGCAAGAUUCCAGCUGAUCUGGAACGGUGAAAUACGCCGGUUACAGUUAUUCACCCGAAAGCAAUAAAUUUUGACUUUUAUCGAUCGAAAUAAUUCGGAAAGAUUAAUUAACUCUGACCAAAAUUCGUUUCCAAUCAUUAGUGGUCACGGGAGUUGACAGAUCUAUUCUUUCGAAAAAAUUGUGGGGAGGCUUUGGUGUGGCAUUGAAUACAGUGUUUAAGGAUUUGUCUACAAUGUCGUUCACGGAGGAGAAGGAGAAGUUUUUGAAGAUGUCCAGAGACGAGAAGAGACAACAUUACAAAUCUGAGAUAACCACUUUAGAGCAAAUCAUGACCCUGCCUGAAUAUAUCAAGAAAAAUAAAGGGGGUGGUGAAAUUACGUCUGAUUUAGCGAAGAAAGUGUCAAUGUGGCAAGGUGACAUAACAUCCCUUGAAAUCGACGCAAUUGUCAACGCUGCUAAUUCAAGCUUGAUGGGAGGUGGAGGAGUUGAUGGAGCAAUUCACAGAGCGGCUGGUCCGACCCUGAAGAAAGAAUGCGCCACCUUGAACGGAUGUUCCGUUGGAGAAGCCAAAAUUACUGGCGGAUAUAAAUUGCCAGCUAAAUAUGUCAUUCAUACGGUUGGACCUCGAGGAGAAAAGCCAGAGAAACUGACAGACUGUUAUCGCAAUUGCUUCCAAGUGGCUAAAGACAAUGGCGUGAAGACUAUUGCUUUCCCUUGCAUAUCAACUGGAGUUUAUGGAUAUCCUCAGAGACCUGCGGCUGAAGUUGCCAUAAACACUGUCAAAACUUUUCUCCAGGAAAAUCCAGAUGAGAUCGAUCGUGUGAUAUUUUGCCUGUUCCUGCAGACAGACAAAGACAUCUACGAAGAACUUCUUCAGAAGUAUUUUCAUACCUAAGCUAUUGGCAUAAUUUUUUAUAUAAAUGUCGUAAUUUGAAA